CACGUGUCAUCUAUAAACUAAGGAUAUAUCUAAAACUUGAUAAGAAUAUAUAUACAUGUCUCAGCCUAUACAGCCUUGACUGAGAAAAAGAUAAAAUAAAAUAGGUCUAAUUCGGAUAAGGUCUAUUCUAACACCUAAAAUGUUCAUCUAGUGCUUUUUAAAGGUGCUACGGUUUCAGUGAAAAAUUGCACUGCAAACUAUAAAAAUAAUUUCAAUUUUAACAUAAAAUCCCCAAAAAUGUUUCUUAAUAUUUGAAUGUGUGUUUGCAUUUAUGAAAGGGAGAUUAAUGUGUAUGUCCAUAUUAACUUAUACAUAUUGUCUUGAGUAAGUUUUAAAAUACUUAAAUUUCUUCGUUAUUUUCUUAGCCAAAAUGCUAGUACUAAUGACCAGAUUUUAAAUCUACGGAAUUGUACUUAAUCUUAAUAACUAAGCAAGCGAUUACAUUUACAUCAAAGUAGUCACCACCGACAAGUACUUAAAAUAUAAUACCAGUGAUAACUUAUUUUUAUACACAAUGACUAAGAUCACCAAAUCAUCUUUUUUUCUUACCAUUUUUGUUGUCUCAUUAAUAUGGUUUUCAAUCACCUUAAUGAUACUAAUGUUUCACGAAGAUCAUAUUCACAGACAAUAUCUAAGAGAUAAUAUUAAAAUUCAAGAAGCACUAGAAUCAAGUGACCAUUUCAAACUUGUUCAUAACAAAAAACCUCUAAAAGUUGAUGCAUUUGUAAGUCCUGAAGUAAGGAGACCGUUGUUGAAAACACCCAAAAUAAAUUCAGUACAAAAGAAUAAAGUUCCUUCUCGAUUUCUACAUCAACAACUUCAACCCCCGAAACAAAAAUUUGAAAGCCGCCGAUUAAGUAAUAAAUCUUCACCAAAGGAGCAUGUGGAUGCCGGCUUGAAAUUUACAGAGACAAAAUUAAAGAAAAACAAUGCUAAUGAGAACCCAAAUGUGUAUGUAAUCCCAGAUAGUGAAUGGAAAAGAUUACAACAUUUAGACGUCAUUGCUUCGAUGGAUGCACCAGGUGAGAUGGGUAGUGCUGUAAGAGUUAACGUCACUAAACUAGCCCCAGAUGAGAGGUCACAGUAUGAUAGAUUGUACAAACUAAAUGGAUUUAAUCAGUAUGUAAGUGAUAUGAUAUCGUAUCACAGAAGACUGGCAGAUAUUAGAAAUCCACAAUGUAAAGCAAAAAUUUAUCCAAAAGAUCUCCCAAAUACAAGUGUAAUAAUUUGUCUUCAUAAUGAGGCUUGGUCGGUUUUACUGCGUACUGUCCACAGUAUUUUGGACCGGUCGCCACCAUAUCUGAUACAUGAAAUAAUUCUGGUAGACGACUUUUCAGAUUUAGCACAUUUGAAGAAACCAUUAGACGAUUAUAUGACAACACUUAAAAAAGUAAAAGUAUUACACACGAAAAAACGAGAAGGAUUGGUGCGAGCCAGACUACUUGGGUAUUCUAUUACAACAGGAGAUACUCUCACAUUUCUGGAUUCUCAUGUGGAAUGCUUUCCAGGUUGGUUAGAACCAUUAUUAGACCGAGUACAUACCGACCCUACUAUUGCUGUAGCUCCUCUUAUUCCUAUCAUUAGUAGUGAUAGCUUCAGUAGUCAAAAAUCCGUGGCUUCUCUCGUUGCAGUAGGGGGAUUUGAUAUUGAAAAAAUGUCUUUUAAUUGGAAUAAUAUACCACGAACACAAAGGCAACAGCAACAAGACGCGGCUGAUCCACAGAAAUCACCAACAAUAGCAGGCGGUUUAUUUACUAUCUCCAGAGAUUUCUUUACAAAAAUAGGAACAUACGAUGAAGGCAUGAAUAUUUGGGGAGGAGAAAAUUUAGAAAUAUCAUUCAGGGUUUGGAUGUGCGGUGGUAGCCUAGAAAUCCAUCCUUGUUCGGCUGUAGCUCAUAUAUUUAGAUCAGUUAGUCCUUACAAAUGGGGUUCGACGCCAAUUUUUGAGACGUUACGUCAUAAUUCUGUUCGUGUUGCGGAGGUGUGGAUGGAUGAUUAUAAAGACUAUUACUAUGGAACUCUCAACUUCAAUUUGGGUAACUACGGUGACAUAUCCUCAAGAAAAGAAUUACGAAAGAAACUGAACUGUCACAGUUUUGAUUGGUAUGUGAAGAACGUUUUUCCUACAAUAAAACUGCCAAAGAGAGCUCUUUUUGUUGGGGAGCUGAAGAGUUUUCUAGCACCUUCUAUUUGUAUGGAUUCCAUGGGUGGUGGACACAGUGCGACAAUACAAGUCCAAGGACAACCUUGUCAUGGAGGAGGCGGAAAUCAGUUCUUUAGAUUAACAGCUGAUAGCAGGAUAGAAAGAAAUAGUGCGUGUCUUGAUUUUAAUUCCAAAAAUAAAACGCUUCAUUUCAUUCGUUGUGAUGGGGGAUCAACUCAAACUUGGCAAUUUACAAAGGAUCAACAAAUUAAACUACAGUUAUGGGAUCUUUGUCUGGAACUCACAUCAAACAGACGUACACUUGCAAUGAACAAUUGUGAAGCGAUCCCAAAGCAACAAUGGGCGUGGACCAAGAAGUAUAUAUAAUGAAAUAAUAAAAAACAAAUCAAUACCAUAGAUUAUAUAAAGGCAAAACAAUUACUUAA